AUGACUAUUUUUCCGGUUCCGAUGUCGAACCACGCUCAGCUGGAACCCGCUGGAGUCUCUACCCUUCCAGGCCGACAUGCAGCCGCAGUGUCGUUAUUACCACCCGUUACCGAGGCACUUCGGUCCACCGCGACGAGCCCUACUCAAGCUCGCUUGCGGAAUUUUCUGAACGAGCUUCGGGAACGGCCCCAUCAGAAUAUGAUGGCCGUUUCCACCGGCGGACGCGAGCGAAACUGGCUGCAUACCAGCCCAGAGGACGCACAAGCAUGUAUCGCCCGGUCAUGGGAGUUUUAG